AUGACGCUUAGUGAGCAAACUCGAGCGAAUCUUCGAAACCUCGUGGAGGGCUCUUGCUCAGACCCUCGAGUCGAUCUCCCUGGUGCCACAGUUGUUGUUGUCGGCAAGGAUGGCAACGACCUGUUCGCCCACUCCGCUGGGAAAAGAGGUCUCGCGACCAACGAAGACAUGACACUCGACAACGUAUUCUGGAUCGCCUCGUGCACCAAGAUGCUUACGGGUGUGGCUUGCAUGCAGCUUGUGGAGCAGGGCGUUUUGAAGCUUGAUGACGGAAAACAGCUAGAGGACCUUUGUCCUGAACUGAAGAAGCUUCAGGUACUACUUCCAGAUGGUCGUGUUCAGGAGAAGAAGAAUGCCAUCACUUUGAGGAUGCUUCUUACUCACACAGCCGGGUUUGGUUAUUCCUUCUUCAACGAAAGGCUACGAGACUGGGCCUUUCCAGUAGGCCUGGAUGAGUUCUCCGGCCGAUUCGAGGAUAUGAAGAUGCCCCUUCUGUUCCAGCCAGGAGAGGGUUGGGAGUACGGGACUAACAUCGACUGGGCCGGUAUUGCCCUCGAGCGAGUUACAGGUCUCACCCUGAACGAAUAUCUGCAGAAGCAUGUUCUCCAGCCGCUUGGACUCAAUAAUAUGUCCAUGAUUCCCACCCCUGAAAUGCGAGCCAAGCUGGCUUACAUGCAUGCCAGAGAGAAAGACGGCACUCUCAGGCCGAGGGAUCACCUGCUUCGGUCACCCCUGGUGGUCAAUCCCAAUGACAGUGCCGCAGUCAAGGCUGUCUUCAAUAGUGGCGGUGCUGGCAUGUUUGCCAAACCCCAGGAAUAUUGCAAGGUGCUGGCCGCGCUACUCAACGAUGGGACGUGCCCUCGGACAGGCGUGAAGCUUUUGCGAAAGGAGACGGUUGACGAGAUGUUCCGGAAUCAGAUUCCGAACUUUCCAAACGCCAGCCGGCAGGUUAUCCCGGACGCAAAGCCCGACCUGACCAACCGCAUCCCGGAGCUGUACCCAGCGGCGGGAAACCCUCCCCAAGGCUGGGGUCUCACAUUCAUGCUCGCCAACAGCGACGCGACGGGCCGUUCCAAGACAACUGGUCACUGGGCCGGGCUCCCCAACCUGUGGUGGUGGUGUGAUCGUGAGAAUGGCGUAGCUGGAAUGGUCUGCACACAGAUUCUGCCCUUUGCCGAUGCCAAAGUUCUUGGCCUUUGGGUCGGAGUCGAGGCGGAAGUAUACAAGGGUCUGAGAGAGAGUAAAUAG